AUGUCUACUAGUCUAUGUUUACAAACGGCGAGAGCCUAUACCAGAAGUAGUAGAAAGCAAACAAUAUUACUCGCUCGCACAUUUGCAUCGACCCCCCGUCGCAAUGAAAUCAAUAAAGUCUUUCCUUCAGCCUCCGAGGCCCUCAAAGACAUGGAAUCAAAUAGCAUAGUGUUAUGUGGAGGGUUCGGUCUCUGUGGUGUCCCAGAUACCCUCAUCGAUGAGGUUAUCAACAAACCAGAGCUCAAAGGUCUUACAGCGGUUUCUAACAACGCCGGAACAGAUGAAUCAGGUCUCGGGAAAUUGUUGAAGACAAAGCAGAUCAAGAAAAUGAUUGCGAGUUAUAUCGGGGAGAACAAAACUUUUGAGAGAAUGUACCUAACUGGAGAAGUGGAGUUGGAAUUAACACCACAAGGAACUUUGGCAGAGCGAUGUGCUUCGGGUGGUAGAGGUAUACCCGCUUUUUAUACGCCUGCAGCGUAUGGAACAGUUGUACAAACUGGCGAGCUACCAAUUCGUAAUAAUCCCGAUGGCACACCCAAGGAAUUGUCUUAUCCAAAGGACGUGAAAGUCUUUCAUGGUAAACCGUAUCUUCUGGAAGAGAGUAUUCGAGGUGACUACGCGUUCGUGAAGGCGUGGAAAGCAGACAAGCUUGGAAAUUGUCAAUUCAGAUUGGCAGCGAAUAACUUUAAUGGUGCCAUGGGACGAAACGCCAAGAUGACAAUCGUGGAGGCAGAGAAUAUAGUCGAGCCUGGGGCGAUUCCACCGGAGGCAGUACAUCUACCUGGUAUUUAUGUCAAGAGAGUUAUUCAGUCCACGACGCCUAAGAAGAUUGAGAAAUUUACCUUUGCAAAAGAGACAAAUGACCCAGCGGCAAGGAGCGCCUUGGGUAGCGGCGAGACCGCUACCAAGAGAGAAAUAAUCGUCAGGCGUGCCGCAAAAGAAUUCAAAAAUGGGAUGUAUGCCAAUCUAGGCAUAGGAAUGCCAAUGCUCGCGCCAUCUUUCGUGGGUCCAGAAGUUGAGGUGCAGCUACAAUCAGAGAAUGGCAUUCUGGGGUUGGGUUCUUACCCUCAAAAGGGGUUUGAGGAUGCAGAUCUCAUUAAUGCUGGCAAAGAGACCGUGACAUUGAAUCCUGGUGCCGCAGUUUUUGGUAGUGAGGAGAGUUUUGGCAUGAUUCGAUCGGGACGAGUGAACUUGACCAUCUUGGGAGCCAUGCAAGUAAGUGGAAAUGGUGAUCUUGCAAAUUGGAUGUUACCCGGAAAGAUAAAGGGCUUCGGAGGGGCCAUGGACUUGGUCAGCAACCCUUCAAUGACGAAGGUUGUGGUAACAAUGGAGCACUGUGAUAAGAAAGGGAACGCCAAGAUCUUGAAGCAGUGUGAAUUUCCUCUGACAGGUAAAGCUUGCGUUUCGAGGAUUAUUACCGAAUUGGGUGUAUUUGACGUUGACUUCACAAAGGGUCUUACCCUGAUCGAAAUCGCAGAUGGAGUAACAGUGGAGGAGAUUAAGAGCAAGACAGAUGCCCCAUUUACUGUCGCACAUGAUCUAAAACCGAUGUUGUAA